AGGUUACCAAUGUAAAACGUUAUUCCCAGCACUCGGAUACCGUAGCUACUUUAUUGUAAUUACAUUUUGAAAAAUUCUAAUUGUGUAGUGGAACGAUUUAAAAAAUGACCACACACAACUAUGUUUUUUUGUCAUUAUAUAUCAUACUAGCGGUCAACAUUAUGGUGAUUGAAUCAACAAGUAAAGUUGCGCCGACAUAUUACGUCAAUCAAACAUUCACUGUUUCAUUCGUUAAUACAGUGAAUAAACUGAUAACCUACAACCAGCAUGAAAUCAAAUUUAGUGACAGAGAACGUACAAUUCUGACAACUCCAAUUAACACGUACAACGACACCAAAGGCCGCAACGGGGUGUUCGAUAAGUUUGCCAGAAAAAUCCAAGACAUAAAAUGUACUUGCUCAGUCAUCGUGAAAACGAAACUGGCGUACUUGUCGAAUAUCCUGGACGGCUUGCGAAGUGGCGGAGCAAUAGAAGUGGCGAUGGACAAAUUGAACAUACUGAAACAAGAAGCGGGUCUUCUAGUGCUGAUGUUUCAAAGAGGCCAAGUCAAAGCGGGUAAAUGGUUUUGGAGUUACUUGUUGAAAAUCUUGGCAAUCAUUGAAUUCGAAAGCAACAACAAUUUCUUAGGGAGAACCCCUUUCGACGACCAAGACGAAUUGCAAAGCGGCAUCACGGAUUUUAUACAAUACUGCAAGGACAAGAAAUACCUACCCAAAAACCGAACAGAGCGUGAAUUGGUGUCGACAAAUUCCCAAGUGCCAGUCAACAUCUUUCGAGAACUUGGGUCGUCCGUAACCAUUGCUGUGGGUUAUGUUAACGUCAUACUGGACAUGUCGAUCGACUGUUUGUAUCUAAAACCGUUAUGGGACGAACACGAAUUUUUGUUCAGUCAAAUAACCGGCUCGGUCGUAGAAUGGAGGCCGACGAUAAGACGGCACGCGGUCGAAGUCGAUAAAACCAAGGAAUACAUUGUAAACCGCCAAUGGAUUUCGAGACCGUUUGGGCACGUCGGUUACCACGAGUUGAUCAAACGAAUAAUCAACGCCAGAGCGUACAUCUUUCUGUGGGUAAUGUUGGUAGCUUUCGAUAAAAAAAUGCCCAACAUGGACGAAAACACAUUCAGUACGGUUUACAAGGAGACAAUCGAUACGGUCAAUACGGUUUUCGAAUUUAUGGAAUAUACCGAUACGUUUUUCUACGAUAUAGUGACACAGUAUUGUUGGACGAUGCCCCAAGACACAAAUUUUGGCCACCUUAUAGAUAGAAUAUCGACAAGAGCCAAAGACAGUUUAGUCGAGUUAAACGGGAGGAAUCCGAACGGAAGCGAUUGGAUCAGUGUUAACGUACACGAUGAACUAAGCAACGAUGCGAUGAUGGCAUUUCUCAAAGAAUUUGCCGAUAACUUUUAUCAGUUGAAAGCUAAGUUGGGUUCUUUUGAUUAUGCACUAGCAAUGAGCUUUCUGACCGAAGCGUAUUAAUGUAUAGUUUAUGAUCACGGCCAAAUCUAGUAUCUAACUUUGCACAAGUCGAAAUACGUUAUUUUGCAUUUUUUGUUAGACAUAAUUUAAGUAUAUUAAAUAUCAGUUGUAUUA